AUGAAACCCUCUGGCAAGCGUACGGAAAAAUACACGAAAUAUGAAUUUUACUAUAAGAUUUGCAAUUUUUAUGGCAAACGUCAUAUUGUAAUUCUUCCUGAUCCCAAUGCUUCUGAUUUGUCGGUUUCAUCCGAUGAUGAUGUGGAAGAAGCUAGAAUCGUGAGUUAUGAGAGCGACGAGGAACCUGCUAAUUCCUUACAAACUGCAGAUCUGGAAAUUGGGGAAACCGAUUUAGACGAGACCAUAAAUGUAGGUAGAAACGACGACCAGCCAGCAAGAAGCAAAGCGCAGAAGAACAUGUCAAUACCUUCCUGGAACUGGACUAAGGAUGAUCUAGAGGAAAGAGCAGAUUUUCAUGAGGAAUAUCAAAUUUGCUGCAUUGAAGAAAAUUCCAGUGCACCUCAGUAUUUUUUGGAGUACUUCUCAAUUGAUGCUAUUAGGAAUAUUGUAGACCAGACAAGCCUUUAUAGCACCCAGCAAAACAGAACCAGUAUAAAUACAACUAACGAAAUUACUGAUUUUUUGUCAAUUAAAACUUUAGCUCUGCUUAUUGGGUCAGUGUAA